ACAACUAUACAGACACCAUCCAACACAAACAAGGCCUCUGCCCCACCCUCUCUCUCUCUCUCUCUCUCUCUCUCUCCAGUUAUCUCUGAAAAACUAUUCUGAUUUCUGACUCUUUCUCUGAAGCACUAUUCUGAUUACUGACUCUCUUCAUACAGAGAGCGAUAGAGAGAGAGAUGGGAUCGGAGGGAGAAGAGGCAAGUUCCUCAACGCCAAAGCUUCCACUGUUUAGUAUGCACUGCUCAUCCCCGGAGCCUUGGUCGGGAAUGCUAACGCCACUCCACACCUCGGCUUCAGUUCCAUUCCGGUGGGAGGAAGAGCCCGGCAAGCCCCUCUCUUACUCGACUGCCCUUAUUACUACUACUACUACGCCAAAUCCCACCAAGAACUUCUGCUUGGAGCUUCCUCCCAGGCUGCAGCUACAGGAUCAUCAUCAUGGGUCCUCCUCCAGAAUGACCAAAACGCCCUCGCCGACCACCGUCCUCGACGGUCCCUAUCUGGGCGGCGGCAUUGGCAUCCGGUCCUCCUCUUCUUCUUUCAGGUUCAUGGGCAGAAGACAUCAUCAUAUUCAUGGGGCAGGCUCUUUUGGCUGCAGAUAUGACAAUGAGAGUCCAGAGAGAGUGCAGUUUGGUGGUUCCAAGUACAAGGGCAGAGGCUUCUUCUUUGGGUCUUGGAGAAUUAGCAAACCAGCUACAGGCCAAAGCAGCAGCAGCGAGGAACCUGCAGGUGAGGGUAGUUUCGUCUUUGCAACUUCCUCCUCCUCCUUGGACUACUUGGCAGAUUUUGGUGGUGGCGGCGACGAUAACAAUAAUAAUGCAAAAAGAGGGAAGAAGAUUUCAAGAUCAAGCCUUAGAAGAAACGGAAGCCUUUCCAGCAGCGUCUCUCGCGUCAGAACUCACCUCUGGGCCACCAUAUAUCAAGGGCUUAAGCAAGUGGUUCCAUGGAAAGGCAGAAAAUCAAAGAAAGAAGGGCUCCUCGUUUGAACUAUUUGUAGUGGCUGCCUGCCAACUUUAUUAUUCUUUAGGACUCAAGAGAUUUGGUUAUCAUCAUCAACAUGUAACAUAUAAUAAAAUCGAUUUAAUUUCCAA